UAGUUACCUAUAUUUUCAAUUAAAUUUGAAAAUAUAGGUAACUACAUUUUUGUUUAAUCAUACACAAUUCGUGUUUAAUUUGAGUGAGAUACAAUAAGUCCUUGUAAAGGAUAUGAUCAAAAACUUGAUACAAUUUUUCCCAAAAUAAGUGUUAUGAUCUUAAAAGCUUAUAUCAAAUAUUCGUGAUGUUAACAUUACUAAGCGAGGCUCGCUUCUGGAGCUUCCGAGAUGACGUGGUUAUUAAUGAUACAGAUUUAAGUGUUUUUAGAUAUCAAGAAAAAAAAGAUUUUUCUGACAGUUAUCAUUAUGAAGGCAAAAAGGAUUUUGGUCAAAGCCGAGGCCUUAUUUGGGCACCUAAUAAUAAAAGACCAAUAAAGUUAAGAGAAUCCAUAAAAGAAUUAGAAGAGCAAUUAAAUCAGCAUAAUGUUAUUUAUUGUCAAUGGAGAGAUCACAAUAAAAUAUUAUUAGUAUUUUCUUCAGGGCAUAUUAAUAUCAAUAUUGAUAUUUUUACUGGAGAUAUCCUUAAAAUUACUUUUGACAAAUAUUUAAUAGGAAAGCUAUUAUCAGAUUAUAUUUGCACAGUGGUCUAUACUCCAACUCACAUUUUAUGUUCCUAUAAUGAUAAUCAAAUCACAAUAGUUUAUUUUAAUAAAUAUAGUGCAAGAUUAGACUCUGUAGACAAACUUAGCAACUUAGAACCGAGAUUAGCACAUAAAGAAAUUGCUGGUCCUUCUGGCAGAAAAUUAGACCGCUAUAUAAUGAUAAAUACUUCUGGAGACAUGGUACUCAUUUGGUGGAAAAGCUCGCAAGAUGAAGUUUAUCCUUGGGCACCACAAGUAAAAGAACAAGAUCGAGCUAAUAUUCAUGUUUAUUUAUUAACAGGAAUUAAAUUGGAGUUAUUGUGUUAUUACCGAACAGAGCAGGAUCCUAUUUCAGUAGUAUUCUCACAAAUUCAUGACCACAUAAUAAGAACUAUUGAGCAAAAAGUUUCAAAAAAUGGUGAAGUUACAGUUGAAAAUUGUACAUAUGCAGUUUCCAAAAACAGACUACAAAGAACAGCGGUCACCUCUAUACCAUUACAAACUCAAGUAUGUUGUCAUAGUUAUAGUCCCGAUGAUGAAAAAUUAAUGUUAGGUUGUAUAGAUGGUUCUUUGGUGCUUUUUGAUGAUGGAAGGGGUAUAACACAUCUUGUUAAAGCUGCUUUUAUUCCGACGACCAUCUCAUGGCAUUUAGAUGGAGCGAUUGCUGUUAUAGCAAAUGAAAGAAGCCAGCUUCAAUUUUUUGAUAUAUCAUUGUCAACUAUAAUAGUACAAUUAAUAAGUGAUGAUAUGUCUUCAACAAAUAUUUUGGACCUAACAUCAUAUUUCAGUUACCCUCCUAUUCUCUUAAAAAUGUGUUGGAGCAAAAAAUCCAAUAUUGUUUUGUAUUCUGAAGAAUAUGCUCAAACGGACAGUUUUCUUUUACUUUUGUAUGAACAUGGACCUCUAGCAAUAGUUCGAUUGUUUGGAAGCAAUGGGUUAACAGGCGACAUACAUAAUAUGGGUUUAACAGCAGAUGUUUUUGUUCACCAAUACUUAUCAUCUUGCUUUGUUGACAAAGCUAUUAACAUCCUUCUGUGCCUAAAUUGGGAUUCAUAUGGUUCUGUUUGUUUGAAUUCUUUGCAUAAAAUUGUUAAUUAUUUACUUCAACAACCACUGAAUGAUGAAACAGAACUGCAAUUGCAAACUGCACUUGCUAGUUUUCAUGCACCAUUAAGACCUAUUUCUUAUGAAACGGAAUUGGAAUAUGGAGAGCAAGUUAGUGAUAUGACUAGAAGAUUUUUUCACCAUUUAUUGCGAAACCAAUCAUAUGAAAAAGCAUUCUGUCUAGCUAUUGAUAUCAAUCAUUAUGAUCUCUUUAUGGAUUUGUAUUACUGUGCCACAGACAUCAAUGAUAAUGAGAUGGCCCAAGCUGCAAAAAGCAAAGCUGAAGAAGUGUAUGAAAGAACUGAAAGUUUCAGCAGUGACCAUUCCACAUGUUCCAACUCAUCUUGUUCUUUAUGCUGUUCUGAUGGAUCUAUUGAAUCAGAUGAAACAUGCAGUAGUGAUGAUUGUCAAGGGCAUGAUGAUGAUUUAGAAAUGCCCAUACCUCAAAACUUUAACACCAAAAUGACAUCCUCUAACUUCAAUGAAAAGAAUAUGCCACCUGUUCCCAAUAUUGCAUCCUCCUCUUAUAUUCCGCCUCUACCCUAUACUAAACAUUCUCUCUGUUCUAUACCUCCUUUGCCUGAAAUAAGUUCGGCUAAUUCAAUCAAAACACAUCACUUCACUAGUAACAAUAAUAGUCCAAGAACACCAAUGAGUGUAACACAAGCAAACUUCAGUAGUAGAUAUGAUUAUGAAUCAAAAUUCCCAAAUGUUUCAAGUAAUUUGGCGGGUGCCAAAUUUAGUUCAAAUCAUAUGAAUAUACCAAAACCUCCAAUGGCUUUACCUAGAAGUAUGCCAAAACAUCAUAUUGUAGACAUAAUCCCUAAACCAAUUCUUAAUAAAGCCCAAUCUAUACCAGCCUUAUAUAGUUCAAGUCCUGACCAGACUCAAAAUGCAAUCAAACCGAUGGUGCAUAAUACAUAUAUAUCUUCAAGCUUCACAAAAGUGCAUGAAAAUCUUGUCAAACCACCUGCUCCUAUAUUUCAAUACCCUUUAAUAUCUGGUCAAAUACCUAGACAAUCAGUGCAAUUGAAUUAUGCAUCAAAAUUCAGUAAUAGCAUCCAAUGUAAUACAAAGGUUCCUCCACCACCUUCAGUUACAAAUGCAAAAGCAAUGUUAAAUCUCAAUCAAGAUCAAAGCAUACAUCAUCCAAAGCAAUCAUCUUCCAUAAAUAAUCCUCCAAAUGGAACUGGUUCAAAGCAAAGUGGAGAAAAAAAUAAAGUAAAAUUUUCUGAUACUGUCACUGUUGCUGUUGUACCGGAAAUUCCAAGGAGAGAUAAAGUGAAUGUCAUAAAUGAUGCUACCAGAAGAUCGAAAAGCAUUUACCAAACUGAUCCAAAACGAGAAUUAGCAGAUAGCCUACCAUUGUGCCAUCCCAAUGAGGAUUAUUUAAAAGAUUUUACACCCAUGUUAGAUAAUAAGACUGAAGAAGAAAGUAAUAGCAAGAUAAAAGUUGUCCAUUUCGGUGUUGUAUAAAUUUGAA